AUGCCCUCCACCGGUCUCAUGCCGAUGUCCGCAUCGGGCGCCGAGGAGUCCACCGGAUCCCUGACCGCCGGGGACACGGGCGCCGCCAGCGCCACCGGCUCCAACGGCACCAUCCUCUCCGCCACAGCAGGGGGCACCAUGCUGUCCGCCGGUGGGCCCGGCCCGGCCGGCCCCUCCCAGCCACCCACCGCCUCCUACGCCACCCCCGGCAUGCUCUCGCACCAUGGCCCCCACCAUGGUGCCCCGGCGCCCGGGGCCCUGCGCCCGAUCGUCACCGACGGCGGCAAGUCCGACACCGGCAUGCCCCCCCCGGCCCCGGGCACCCGAACCGGGACGCACUCCCAGUCGCAGCAGCAGCAGCAGCAGCAGCAAUACCACCAGCAGCAACAGUCCCCUCACAGCGGCGGCCAGCACCAGAUCUCCCACUCACACCAGGCCCCGGCCCAUGGCCCCAGCUACUCGGCGCACCAGAUCGUCGGCGCCGGGGGGAAGUUCUCCGGCUUCGGCAGUCGCCCCGGCGCCGGCCGCCCCAAUGAUCCCGACGAUGAGGGCGACGAUGAGGGCGACGACGAAACCGACGACGGCCCCUCCCCCCUGGACGCCCCGGGCUCCAGCCUCAAGGCGCACUCCAUGCAGCGGUCCAAGUCCACGCCCAACCUGUCGGAUGCACGCCGGUCCGGCCGCAACGCCCCGCGCAAGCGCCACCGCACCACCCCGGCCCAGCUCCUGGUGCUCGAGCAAAUUUUCACCCACACCACCACCACCCCGAAUGCGGCCCUCCGUGCGGCCCUCGCCUCGCGGAUUGACAUGCCCCCGCGCGCGGUGCAGGUUUGGUUCCAGAACCGCCGCGCCAAGGUCAAGAACAUCAGCCGGCGAUCGGCCGCCGACCCGACCGCCAUGGCGCUCGCCUCCGGCGGCCUCCCCGGCGCAGGUGGCCACGCCCAUGGCCACGCCCAUGCCCAUGCCCAUGGGGCCUUCCAUCACCACUCGGCCGCGGCCGCUGCCCUGCAGCAGCAGGCCGGCGCCUACGGCCCGCCGGCCACCAUGGCCUACCAAUUGUCCCACGCCGGCGGCACGGCCACCUACCACCUGCUCAACGGGACCGCGGCCCAUGGUGCGGCCGGGGUCGGGCUCCUCGCCGGUGCCGACCCCACCGGCACCGGCGGCCUGGCCACCGGUCUCGUCAAUGCCGGCCCCCCCGGCGGGCCUGGCUUCGGCCUGCAGCCCCUGCAGAUGGGCCCCGGCGGGGCUCCCUUCACAGGCAUGCAUCCCUCGGGCAGUAGUAGUACGGCCACUGCCACGGCGGCGGCGGCGGCGGCGGCCGCCGCAGCUGCCGCGGCUGCCGGCGUCGGCGUCGGCGGCCUGCUUGCCGCCGCCGGCGGGGACUUCCCCCUGGGCGCGGCCGGGCUCCUGGCCGCGGCCACCGGCGUCCCGGCCGCCACCGCCCCGACCGGUGCUUCCGGCAUCCCGCAACAGCCCACCCCCCAGACAUUCAACGGCCUGCCACUGAGUGUUCGCCGGCUGAAGGUCGGCACGUGGGACCGCAUUCGCCAGGGCGGCGGCUGUACCUGCACCUCCACCGUGCACGACGAGCACAAUAACCCCCACUUGACCACCCUCAGCCCCGACCAGUGCAUCUGCAAGUGCGAUCUCGCCGCGUCCACGGUCUUCCCCAUGGUGACCGACCACACCGCCGACCACAGCUACCUGGUGUGGCAUGUGUCCGAGCAGUCCCUUCGCUGUCGCAUUGCCCUGGCCCUGCGCCAUGUGACCCGCGCCGUGCUCUACCUCCCCCUGCCCAGCGAGGCCGGCUCGUUGUCCCUCGGCGGCAUGGCGGCGGCCCCCGGGGCCGGUGGCGAUCUGGCCGAUCCGCACUUCAAGCAGCCGGGCUUCGACGAGGAGGACCCCGCCGCCCAGGGCCCGGACGCCAUGGUCACUCUCUUUUCGCGCGGCGCCCCGGAGUGUGCCUUCCGCCAGCGCUGGGACUUUGGCUCCUGGCAGCCAUGCGACGACAUCACCGAGGGCCGCCAGGCCACCCCCGGGCCCGGGCCCGAUGCCCAGGCCGUCUACCGGGCGUGGCUCCCGGCCGGGGCCAUGCGCGCCCGACUCAUCCCCCUGCUGCUGGCGGCCCGAGUGCCGAUUGACAUCAAGGAGGGCGACGUCCCGCACCCGAAUGCCCCGUUCCCCUCCCUGGCCGAGCAGCAGCCCGAGUACGUGGCGGCGAAUGCCGUCGCGCAUGCGCCACCCCCCGCCGUCGGCCCCUUCACCGGUCCCGCGGAUCCCACCGGUCUGCUCCUCGCGCCGCAGUCGCAGCCACAGAUGCAUGUAUCGCAAUCUUCGCACCAUGGCGCGCAGCAGCCCAUGAUGCUCCUGCAGCAGCAGCAGCAGCAGCAGCAGCAACAGGUGCAGCAGCAGCAGCAGCAGCAGCAGCAACAGGUGCAGCAGCAGCAGCAGCAGCAGCAGCAGGUGCAACAGCCGGGCGGCGGUGUCAACACGCGCAUCCUCGAUGGAGUGGCGGCUGCCUCGCAGUUCGCCACGCUCGCCGGGCCGACCUUUGCCACCGGGCCCGGCGCUGGGCCCGGCGCGGCGGCGGUCGGCUUUCUCCCGGAGCAGGACUGCUUCUACGAUGACGAUGGCGAGGAAUAUGAGGUCGACGAUGGAGAGGAAGACUCGGAGGGCGCCUCCUCGACUGGAGUUGCCCUGUGUGGCGGGAGCCAUUGCGCCGGCGUGUGCGGUGGCCCCUUCUCCCCGGGCAGCAGCAUGACGACGUGCCAGUCGCACGCGGCGGCGGCGGCCGCCGCCGGUGGCGGCGACCUCCAGCGCGGGCGGCUGUUGGGCCGCGGCGGUGGCCAGGCCGCCGGGUCGCCCUUCGACCCGCAGCAGACCUCGCACCGGACUUCUCGCGGCAAGCGCGUGCUCAAGCUCCGCAAGACGCAGUCCACGCCGGCGCUAUUGCAUUCGGCGGCCCCGGGCGGCCACGGGGGGUUACCGGUCAUCAGUCGCGCGGCUUUGGCCAUGCCGCCGCAGCAGCAGCUGGCCAACUUCGCGGCAGUGCAGCAGCAGCAGCAGCAGCAGCAGCAGCAGCAGCAGCAGCAACAGCUGGGGGGUAGCGGUGGGGGGUAUGCCACCGGCGCCCCGGGUCCCGGGGUUCUCGGAGCCAUGACCACCGCCGACCUUCAGACCGCCUCCCGGCAUCACCUCCAGCAGCAGCCCCAAGUUCCCAUGCUAGCGGCCGCGCACGGCGGGUCGCAGGACCUCACCGGGGGCCACCUCGUGGCAGCUGGCUCGCGUCCAACUUCACCGCUUGGGGGCAUUCUUCACAGUACCAUGCAGCAGCAGCAGCAGCAGCAACAGCCACAGCAGCAGCAGCAGCAGCAGCAGCAGCAGCAGCAGCAGGUUCCGGGCCAGCAGCCCCUCUACACCAAUGCCUACCUCUUCCGUCCUAACUGAAGCGUGGAAACGCUCUCGUCCCCUCCCCCCCCCCUCCCCCCUUUCACACACGCGUGCGCACACACCACCCCCCACGCCCAGUGCACGCCCAGGUCCCCGGCCAUGCGACCCACUUUGCCCCGGGGCCCGCCCAUCACCGGGGCCCGCCGCCCCCACCGGCGGGGGGCCAUCAUCCCCACGGCGGCCCGAUCCCGCAGCACCCGCUCUAGAGACGCCCAUGCGCGUGCGUGGGGGUGACCGUGUGUGUAUACACAAAACACAUAUGCAUAUUUGUACACAUAUAUGUAUGCGGCCUCCCGCGCCCCCCCCCCCCCCAUGUUUGAGA